UUAUCAUCAGUAGUACUUUUAUUAAAAUGGGCCGUGUUAUUUUGAGGCCCAGACGCCUUCUAAAAGUCUCCAUCUGCGGUUACACGAGCUUUUGGGCCUGGGUCUGAUCAACACAUGGCAGUCAGAAUUUAUAGAACAUCCGCCAAUCAGCACGCAGUUUUUAAGGCGAGCCUCCAAAGCACUCGACCAAUCAGAAACGCGGAACGAGACCCAUGCCUCCGAGUUGUGCAGCGAUGCAGUCACGUGACAAGAGGAGCAGGAAUGCCAACAUGGACCCGUGGCGAGGACGGGUUGUUAGCGUGCCACGACAAUAACACGACGGAGGCCGUAGAAAACACGAGAACACCGUGAUUCGUCGACGGCGCGGGCUCUCACCGCCACCCCCACCCGGGAAACCCACGUCUUGAGGGAUUUUGUGAUCUUGCGCGUCCUGGACGAUUACAGCGAGGAAGCAAGACUCCCAGAGUGAAACGAACUGCUUUGAAGUUUGCGAGUAAACCCUUCUGCUGCCGUUUCUCGCAGCUGAUGCUUCCAGAGUGAAACAGGUUGCUUUGAUUCGUCUUCCUGGUCGUUUUCCUGCGGUCUGGAUCGAUGGUGUCCCUCAGCAGCAGGACCGUGGACACGGAGCUGUUCCGGGACAGCAGCAGCCUGCUGUCCCUCUGUCUGGAGGACGGAGCCAGCAGCAAAGGGGGCAGCUCAGCCUCCUGUGACAGCCCCGGGAUGGAGGAGCAGGGGGCCAUGUACAGCUUCAGUCCUGGAGAGGGAGAGGACAAGGAGGAGGAGGGAGAUGAAGGUGGGAAUCUGCAGAUUUUUCUAGAUUCAGAAGGGGAUAUUGGAUCAGCCUAUCUGGAGCUCAAGCUCCCAGAGUUCCCCUACCAACCCUCCUCACCGUUUUCCCCCACCCUGGAGGACAUUGAGGAAUUCUUGAGGGAGAAGAUGGAGCCGCAGAAGGAGGAAGCCUUCUCCCCCCUGUGUGCUCUUCCUGACUCCCCACCCUCCCCUGCACCCCCCAUUACUUCCACAGAGACUGUUAGUGACCCGGCCGCCAGUCGUACCCCAUGCUCAUCCAGUCCAGAGACUCCUGAGAAAGAGGAACAUGGAACGAGCCAAACCGGGUCCCCCUCUGCCAACUCCAACCCCCCACCCCCCACUCAGACACCACCAAUGCUCCUCGGAGCUCCAGUGGUCCUCCAGCUGCAGCCGCUACCUCUGACCCGACCUCAGGCUCCAGCAGGGUCUUCUUCUGGGGGUCAGACUGGGAUUUGGCUUACUCACCUAGUUAUGGGGCUCCAGGGGGCCACCGCUCCAAAUCUCACACUUGUGGCCCCUCAAGUCUCUUCCACACCCACCACCGCCUUGUUGUCGCUAAGCAACAGUGACAACAAAUCAGCUGAUCAGAAGUAUGUGAAAAUCGCCCCUCUGCCCAUAACUACGAGGACUCUAGAGAUCACAACAGUGACUGGAGCCGGUGGGCAAGGCAGCGCGCUCCUAAAAGCAGCAGCUGCCCCCCGUGUGACCAGAGCGCCCCCCACUGAGAGGGUUCAUAAAUGUUCCCACCCGGGGUGUGGCAAGAUGUACACCAAAAGCAGCCAUCUGAAAGCACACUUCCGCCGGCACACGGGGGAGAAACCAUACACCUGCAGCUGGCCAGAGUGUGGCUGGAGGUACGUGCUCUUGAGCAGCAGGACCGGCUCACCUCUCUACUGUUACUUGGCUGAAAAUGACAUGAAAGGACUUCUCAGAACAAACUGCUCUGCAGGCCAGCCAGAUCAAUCCGGUCCCGACAGGCUUGGUGCGUCGCGAGCACGCCUGUUAGAAAGUGUUUCUGUCAGCUGUGCUUCGACUCCAGCUAACUAG